UUAAGAAAUGGAGAGAGAACGGGAGAUCUGCUCGAACAAAUAAACCGAAAAAGGAAAAAGAAAAAGGAACUCUCUCUCUCCGAUCAGAUCGGAUUCGAAAAUUUCACGGUUGUUACCCUUUUGCCAGAAUUCUGAUUUCAAAAUUUUGAAAUCUUUGGGUGAAAAUUCGACCGUUUUUCUGUUCAAAAGAACAAUUUAUUUUUCGGAAUUUACUCGUACGUGAAUGUAUUUGUAUAUACACAUUUGAUUUGAUCGUCGCGGUAAUAUUUGAAACUAGGGUUGCUCUCAAAUUCAAGGUUUUUGAUAGGGAUAUAGAAGGGGGAAGGUGGAAGUGGUAAGGGGAAGAUUUUUGGAAUUGAAGAAUUUGAAUGGCGUCGGCGCAGGUUAUGAGAAAGCAAGACCAUUUGGAAGCUGGAAAAAGAAAGCUAGAGGAGUUCCGUAAAAAAAAAGCUGCUGAAAGGGCCAAAAAGACUACCUCUGUUACCCAAAUUAACACCUCUGAUGGGGGGUCCCAUGAGAAGCAACUUUCGGAUUCUGAACGUGUACGGCUUGUUGAUUCUGAUGUAGCUGGUACAUCUGAUGCAGUUGGAGCUGCUGUUUCAGAACCUUCUGGUGUAGUAAUUAACAAAGAUAGCAAAGAAACUGAGGCAUCCCAGAAAAGUGGCUUUAGUUUUUCUCAUUAUGAAAGUGCAAACCUUCCUCCUUUAAAUGAAUUUGCAGUUAACACUUUCGGACCAUUGCAUUCUCGGUCAUCAGACAAAGAAUUUAGAGGUGAUGACACUUCACAACUUAAUGCGGAUUAUGACCCACAAAACAAAAAAGGAAUUGAUGGAGCCUUAGAAAGCACAUCAUCUGGAGUUGCAAUAGAUCAAACUUUUGCUCUUCUGCUGCCAUCUGAGAACAUUGACAGUACUUCAAGACCGUUUGGUUAUGAUGGGUUGUAUGAUACCUUGCCUAGUAACAGUGAUAGUUACUUGAAAGAUCUCUCAGUAACUAAUUCUAAAAGGUCUCAUUCUUUCACUGCAAAUGGUUUUCCUGAGGAUUCUGGAAAUGUUUUUCUACCUGAAAACUCAGGUUAUGGGAAUCACGGAUUUAGCAACCAUAUGUCCUCAUCUUUUGGAGUGGAGAAGAUGGGCGCUUAUGACUAUAAUAAUUCCAUGGUUUCUGAUCUAGGAGAGAGCAAGUUUAAUAGCAGCUCAGCUCAGUUGUCUGGUGCUAAUAACUUAUCUCCAUGGACACUUGACUCUUACAAUUCUAGUUUCAGCUCAUCAAAUUAUAGGCAACAAACUCUAUCCUCAGAAACUAAUGUCAGGAGGUCUCGUCCAUCUUUCCUUGAUUCCAUCAAUAUAUCACGAGGUCCUUCUGCAUCACCUCCUGUGUCUGGACCAAAGGUUGAGCUACUUGGUUCAAAAAUACACCCAGAGGACACUUUAGGCUCGUAUCCUGCACAUAUCUCAACACAAUCUUCCGUUGCUUUGGGUAAUGGGGCAGACAUGUUCAAGCAAGUUAUGGACAAAGGCUUGGAUAAUAGACAAGAGCUUUAUCCACGGAAACAAGAUGAAGAUUUUGCUGCGCUAGAACAGCAUAUUGAAGAUUUAACACAAGAGAAAUUUUCUUUGCAACGUGCGCUUGAUGCUUCACGAGCUUUGGCAGAGUCCUUGGCUGCUGAAAAUUCGGCUCUUACAGAUAACUAUAAUCAACAGGGAAGUGCUGUGAACCAACUAAAAUCUGACAUGGAGAAGUUACAAGAGGAAAUUAGAGCGAAUCUGGUGGAGCUGGAAGCUGUGAGAAUAGAAUAUGCGAACGCGCAAUUGGAAUGUAAUGCAGCAGAUGAGCGUGCCAGGUUAUUGGCAUCUGAAGUUAUAGGGUUGGAAGAGAAGGCUCUUCGAUUGAGGUCUAAUGAGCUAAAACUGGAGAGACAGCUGGAGGAGUCACAAGCUGAAAUUUCUUCUUUCAAGAAGAAAAUGUCAAGCCUUGAGAAGGACCGUCAGGAUCUGCAAUCAACGAUUGCUGCAUUACAAGAAGGUAAGGCAUAACCUUCUAUGGUAUAUGUCCUGAUCAUUGCAUCCACAUUAAUUUUUCCUUCUCGUGAAAUUACUCUGUAGUGCCUUGUAAAACUUGCAGAAUUUCACAAAUAAAUGGUGUAGAUGCCUAUGAGUUCUGCUGGACAACACCUAGAAUUGCUGCAAACAAGAUGAUUUAUUAAAAAUUUUCUUCUACUUACAGAGCUUGUUAAAUAUCACUCUGUUUUUAUGUGACUAGCUAGACAUAAAACUUUCUAGUAGUGGUUGCUCUUCUGCCCGAGCAUUGUCUGAAGAAAAAGUCCAAGAAUCUUUUUAAAGGUAAUACUGGGAAAGAUGUUGAACCUGGCAUGUUCUGGACUUUUAUUUGUGUAGUUGUGAAACAGUUUUCUGAUUUAAUAAUUUGAAGGCUAGGUGGUUGUGUAGCACAUGAAUCAAUUUAUGACUUUGUAAAUUACUUGUAGCACAUGAUUUGCUCAUUCAACACUAAGUUUAAUUUUUGUAAGCUGAGAUUUGCUUGAGUUUGUUUGGUCCGCCAUUCCUACUUUUUUGGACAGUUAUAUUACACACACUUUCUUUUCUCGGUUAUGACAAAAUCUAUAUAGACGGGUCUUUUGCAGGAACACCUUAGUAAAUUGAAUUCACCAGUUCAUAAAUUUGCAUUUGCCUGGCAAUAUUUUGUCCAUGUUUUUCUUCUUUCUAUGUGCCAAUUUUUUUGUGUCAUUUGUUGGUUGGGCAAGAUUAUAGCAUUGAGAUUGCUUUCAAUGACUAGGCAAUGAUCAGCAUCUCAUAAACCAUGCAGUGAAAAGAAAUUUUACUUUGAUGGAAAUUCUUGCUAGGAUUGCUUGAACUCAUAGUAGUUCUGUUUGUAUGAAGGUUAAAUGAUCAUAUACUCUGCA